AGGCGCAGCAGCUGCUCCGCUGGGUGGAGUGCAGUUUAGAUAAUGUAACGUUACUACAACAAAAUUAGCCAAGAGGACAUUAUGGCGGUGUGAAAAGUAUCCUUCCGCGAGAGUUAAGCGCAUCUUUUCCAACGCAAACUCCUCCAGGUCGCCGCGGCAGAGACGUUUGUGAACCCUGAGCUGAGAUGAGUGGUGUGAGGGAACAGGCGCUGCUGGAUUAUUUCUACUCCACCGGAGGCAGCUCAGGCAGAGUCAAAAACGCAGAUAUAUUGAAGACAUUUAAGCCCUUUAUUGGCCACAGUGACGUGCAGUUACGUGCUAAAUACAGAGAGGAAUUCAAGCUGAUCAUUGACCGAAUCGCUGUGGUGAAGUCAGAGAAUGGUGAGAAGUAUCUCGUCCUAAAGAAGAAAUAUAGGCAAAUGCUGCACGAGCGAGAUGCCAAACAUCCCGGGACAGACGGGGACGGACAGAGACGUUCGAGCCCAGGCCGAGCUCCGGCCACUGUACAAUGGGACGCCACGGACGCCUCGACUUCUUCGCCUCACCAGAAGGAACAACAGCAUGAGCCGAUGUCAUGUGGAGAGCCCAACGCUGCUGCAGAGGACCAGCAGACAGGAACAGCCUUCAUGCAGCACGAUGUUCUGCAACUUCCUGCCAUCCCAACCCGGGAACCCUCGGCACAAAGCAACGGGGAAGAUGAGCUGGACAAAGAUUCAGGGUCAAAGUCCGAGUCCGAGCAAGACGAUGAGUGUACGGGCAGUAUGGGCUCCACUGCUGUCGCUCUGGAUCCUAUAGAGAAGGAGUGGAUCUACUCCGCUGCAGGUGCUCGAGUCCCUGACCUCUCUCAUCUGCUCAGACAGGACCCCUCGCUGGCAAACAAGAAGGACUUUACCUCAGUGAUUAUUAACAACUACUCUGUUCUUGGUUGUUUUCUUUUCAUUUUGACACACUUUGGCUCUCGACACUGCGACUACAACCAUCCUGCUCAGGGGUUUACAGCUCUGCACUGGGCUGCCAAACAUGGCAACGAGGACAUGGCCGCUCUGGUGGCUAACGCGGGUGCUGAUGUCAACAUCAAAUCACAUGGGGGAUAUACACCUUUACACAUUGCAGCGUUACAUGGUCAUCGGCAUAUUCUAGACCUGCUCAUCGUGACGUAUGGGGCCAAAGAAAACUUAAGGGACAACAGCGGCCAUUUUGCCUCCCAUUAUCUGAACAUCAAAGAACCAGAGGGUUCAGAAGAAGACUCCGACCUGCGAAUCUCUGUGUUUCAAGUCACUCAAGCCAGAGAACCGAACAGGAACAGGAAGUUGGCAUCGUUGUUUCACUCCAAGAAAAAGUGGGGCUCAGCCGAGGAGCUGGCUCCGAUCGAGGAGGAGAGGACGGCGUCGCACCAGCUCGUCCUUCCUCCAUUCAGACCCAGAAAAUUCUCCCGCUGAGAAAGACGACGGGGACGACUGUGCCAGGUGUCCCACACUCACGCGUCCACUUAAACCUUACAAGCAUACAUAUUUACACACAUGAUGUUAACCUGAGUAUAUACAAUGGGAGUGUAAUGUGUGUGUGUAUUUGUUAUGCACACACAUACACUCAACACUUACAACGCAUAUACCGAUACUUAAAUACACAAUCACAGCUCAUCCCAUUAUAUUGAAUACAUAUGCUUUGGCAUUAUAUAGGAGGUGCUGCAGAUGAUGCUUUGCUUAUAUGUGUAUUCGCAAUAUUUAUGCUUACCAUAAAAGUAUUUCUUGAAGCCUUUACAUUUUAAUGAGUGCUGAUGAUCCAAUUUCAAAUGAACUCAGGCCACAUCGAUUCUUUAAGCUCGUCAUCGCCUUUUGUUUGCGUUAAAGACGACAAGUAGACAAUUGGACUGCGAAGAUGUCCAGACAUCCUCACUUUCACUUUCAGUGAGGAUGAUGAGGCUACAGUAAAAAUAUAUUAAAAUAAGCAGAUUCAUCUUUUUGUAAAGGAGCACACUGGUUUGUAUGUUUUGGUAUUAAAAAUAAUUUGUACUUGCUUAACAUUUUCUAUAACAUACCACAACAUACUCAAUUUGCAAAGUAAACUACAUUGUGAACAUUCUCCUUUUGUAUUGAGUUAAUAAUUAUAAAAUCACAACUAAGGGGUCAACUAAGGGACAGAACGAAAGGUAUUGGGAAGGGGGGUGAACCUUCUUGGUUUAACCAGCAUGAACCUUGACAGCGUUUUUACUAUUUUAUUUAAACUUUAAUAAUACAAUUAAUCUGCAGGGGAAACUAAAAUGAAACUGAAAUAUAAAUCUGCCCCCCCCCACCCCCCACCCAAAAGGUCAGAAUGGCCUUCCUAAAGCAUAAGAAUAAAUUCACAACCCUCCUCCCCCUUUUCUGACCCACCUCCCUCCUUGUUGUACUGUCCCUUAUGACAAUGAGAUCUUAUUAAUUGUGCAACUCCAUCAGCUGUGAUGCAUUUCUGUUCACCAAGUGUGUUUUUGUGCUUAUUGUUGGUUUUUCCAAGUAGCUUUUGAAUGCAGCGCCGCUUGCCAGCAAAGUUAUAUUUAUCCAUGAAUGAAUGCCGCAACAAAGCAAAUGUUUUUUAUUUUUUACUAAUUAGCUAUUUUAAGCUAGUUUCCAGUACAUUUUCAAACUGUACUUAAGACAGUAGCUUCUUGGGAGGAAGCCCAUAUGUCUAAAAAGUAACACUAUGCUUUGCAAAAUGUUUGGCAGUAAAGUGUUUGUUUAAUUUUGUAGUUAAUGGGCUACAAAUAAAACCACAAGUAUUAAUCUGGGCCAAGAGACAUUUCAAAGCACCAGAAGGUUUCAGACAUAGUUUUCUCUGUUGUAAAAGAUGCUCGUUGUAACUAUUUGUUCAUAAUUCAGUUGUGGGAGACAUGUUUUUUUUAAGAUAAGAUUGUAUAAUCUAAACUAGAAAUAAAACUGCCUCCAUUACAUCUUUUGCACACUAUUUAUAUAAUGAAGGUAUUUUGGUAUUAAACUAUAUUUUAUAUCAAACAGUAUAUUUGUACUUUUAUUCCUCAUUCACACUGUUUUUGCAACUGCAUUGUUCACUUUGAACACAGUUGAAAGUCAUUGUGUGUCUAAUACAUCAACUUCCAGAGAAGCAGAGAAGAAGAAGAACAACUUGUGAUAAUGCUUUCCCCCCCUUUCUUUCAAUACAAUAACCUUAGUUUUUUAAGCCGCCUUUGAUCUUACUAUAACUACCUGACUCUGUGGGCUACAGAUGGAGUAAAUAUGGGGCCUGCUAACUCUCCAUACGGCUUUAGACCUUAAUUCCUGAUUAGCUGAAAAGGGCAGCACUUGCUUC